AUGGCUUUCGCAUCGCAGCCGCAGCCAAAAGUUCUCCUUUUCGACAUUGGAGGUGUUUGUGUCGUUUCCCCAUUUCAAGCAAUUCUCGACUAUGAGCUCGGUCAGGGCAUCCCACCUGGAUGGGUAAACUAUUCCAUCUCCAAAUCUGCUCCCAAUGGGUUUUGGCACAAGCUCGAAAGGGGUCUGAUCCCCAUGGACGCAGACUUCUUCGCCGGCUUCAACAAGGACCUGCGGGACCCCGAACGCUGGGCGGCCUUCUACCGAUCACAGCAGGCCAAGGAUGCCAGCCUCCCGCGGGAGAUACCACCGGUUCCGGAAGUGGACGGCGAGUGGCUCUUCAACGACAUGAUGACUGUGUCCCAACGGCCCGACCCGUGGAUGCUCCCAGCCCUGCAGAAGCUGAGGUCGAGCGGCAAGUACAUCAUGGCGGCGCUGAGCAAUACGGUCAUCUUCCCUGCCGGCCAUCCCCUGGCCGACCCGGACGAGAACGGCGUCUCCCGCCAUCCAGUCCGUAACAUGUUUGACGUAUUUGUAUCCUCUGCGCAUGUCGGCCUGCGCAAGCCCGACCGCGCGGCAUUUCAGUACGCCCUUGACCAGGUCGAUCAGUUCGCUAGGGAAAAUGCGAGGAAGCGCGAUGCCGACGGUGCACUAGGGUGGUCGCAAGGUGUGCAGCCUGCGGAUGUGCUCUUCAUCGACGACAUUGGUGAGAACCUCAAGGCGGGGAAAGCCUUUGGCUUUCGCACUCUGAAGGUCAAUCUCGGCCGCGCGUUCGAGGCCGUGGACGAGCUAGAGAAGAUCACGGGGCUAGCUUUGGCAGGGAACCACCCUAGGAUUCCAGUCAAGCCCAAGUAUACUCGCGCGAAGGCUAGAAUAUAA